CUAAUGAAAGCGUCCCAUAACUUCAAUGAAACAACACUUUCAGCCCUGCCCCAGAUGUGGCUUUGACACCAAUGCACCCCGGCUCACGAACAAACCAUCCCCGUUCCAUGACCUGAUCUCUGUCAAUGGCGCCGCAUCCGUGACGGAUGCUAGUCCCGUUAGCCAUUACCUCGAAGGGGUGCAUGCCUCAAUUUCUGCGCAGGACGACAAAAUUCAGCACAUUAAAACUAUGUUGAAGGAGGCGCAAGAAGAUAGAAUCCGUCUUCAAAGCGUCGCAGACAGCCACGCUGCCCUGAUAUCGGCCUUUCGCAAAUUUCCACCAGAGGUUCUCGCGGAGAUCUUCCAGUACACGAUCGUCAUCCCAUCCCUGGGCCAUUGGAACCAGCUCUCUGGUGACAUGACACGCGUCUGUGCCACGCUUUGCACGCUUGGUGGUGUUUGCCGUCAUUGGAGGACAACGGUGUUGUCGACCCCAUCUUUAUGGGCUCGGUUCAACAUUGGAUGGAGUAGAUGGAUGGAAAGCCGGCCGCCGCUGUUGAAAACUAUACUGGACCGAUCUCGCGAGGCCGAGUUGAGCAUCGGCUGCCGUUCUGUGGUUUUUAGCUCCAACAUUCAAAAUAGGCAUGCUUUGCUCGAAUGUGUAAUCCCCACAAGUUACAGGUGGAAGCGCGCGUUGAUCGAGCUUGACGAGGACCGUGCGGAUAUAUAUGGGCAGAUUCGGGGCCGUCUUCCGUUGUUGGAGCAGCUGGAACUGUCUUCUCGGCAUUUUCAAGUUUCUUGGGAACAUUUCCGUGUCUUCGAGGAUGCGCCUCGUUUGCGGGAGUUGAUCCUAGGAGAGAGCCUAUCUCCUGUACAUGAAUUUACCCUUCCUUGGUCCCAGAUAACAAACCUCUAUAUAAACCAUGUUAUCGAGCCGGAUGAUCUCCGGAUUGUCUUCUCCAUCACUCCCAACCUACGGUUCCUGCGUAUGUCCAGGCAAUGUAACUGGGAACCGGAAGAGCCUGGCCACUUCAUUGUGUGUUCAUCUCUACGACAUCUUCGUGUCGCGGACCUAGCGCUGUUCCGAAUAGCCAUACUACCCUCACUGGAGGAAAUCUGCAUCGACGGUACCUUUGCUAGGGCCGAUCUGGAAGCAGAUAACAAAUUCGGACGCAUAUUCCGCGAUUUCUUGGAUCGUUCACGUUGUUCAAUACGGAACUUGAAGUUGGCCACUACACUCAACGCAGACAUGGCCUUAUACAACAUGUUUAACCGGGCACCCAAGCACACAUGCUUGGACAUUACGCUGAACACAGUGUAUUUAACAACAAGAUUAAUCCAGCUACUGACCUCGGACAAAAUUCUUCCUCAGCUCCAGUCCCUGAAAGUGGUUUCCAUAGCCUUCUUUUAUGAGGACGACCAAGACUGGCUCUUAGGGCAUGAUAUUGCUGAACUGUUCAUAUCCAGAUAUCUCUCAUCCAAUGCUAACAUACUCUUGGUUCAUGUCGAAGUGCCACCGGACCUCGCGCUGGUAGGCGAACCGCCGAAACCGGUUCAUAUCAAACCAUCCCCGAACGGGUUGUACCUUUCAGAACUGUUCUGGACAGCCCUCGAAACUCGUCUGAGGGAUACACGAGACUUGUGCAGCCGCAUUGUGACCCAAAAGGAUGAAGGCCGUGCUAUAAUUUGUAUGAACCGGUCACUGCCCGAGAUAUACUGAGGUUAUUGCAGGAGGCUGGCAACUGCCCUUUGCCUACGCUUUUGCAGAAGUGGUCGGGAGUUCCACCGUAAAGCUGACAGCAAAGACGCGAUGGAAUUAUGGUGAAUGUAUACUAAGACGAAGAUGAGGUACUUUAUGUUGCUGAAGUGAGAAUAUACCAAAAGAGAUGAACACUGGUUGUAACAUGUCCCGCUGAUUUCAAGUCCGAAGUGAAUGGUACCACAUGCAAAAUCGAAUUCGAGG